CGGUUAGUUGGGGAGCGUGAAACCGCGUGAGAAAGUUGCCACUGAGGUAAAGCAGAGGUAGUCUGUGGGUUGUUUCUGCUGUUGUGGGAGUUGUUGUUAUCUAAACUAACAACACCUUUCCUCUUUUUCGUGAAACAUUUUCUGGACGCAGGUUUGCACCCAAACUCAACGGGGAAGUAAAUAUUUCUGUUUUUGUUGAGUGUUCAACCGCGAACUACCGACUGUGGCGAGUCAAGUGGAAACUCUUCACUGCAAUUGUCGUGUGGAUUUGUUUCUGGUAGUACUCUGACUGAGAGCCGACUGUUUGUGGCUGUCUGUUGACGGUCGGUUUCCAGGCUUGAAUUUUUUUGUUUGUUUGUUCGGUUGGCUCUUUGCACUCGGAAUACACCGGAUCCUACACAAAACAAACACUGGAGUGAUUGAGGGGGGCUUAAGUCUUUUCAUUUCUCACCUGGUUCAUACCUUCCUCCCCUCUUUUAGCUGCCUGCACCUAAUGAGCCGUUUCCCGUGGUUUUUUCCGGUUGAUUUACAGCCACACUCCCGGUGGAGCAGAGGACAGACAACGAGCAAAAGAGCGAGAGACAGUAGGACGGAUUCACAUUAAACGGUCGGUGAACUCGGACGGAGCAGCAGGGCGCUCGGUUUUGUUUGAAAUUAAAGACAUUUGGUUGUAUUUAUAACCACGGAUGGAUUCGUCUCGGUGAGCUGGAGCACCCCACAUCUUUACUGUACGCAGACUUUUAAGAAGGAAACGGGUGUAUCCUCCCGAAGAUAACCAUGUUUCCCCAGGGGCGACACCCGACGCCCCACCAGGCUCCAGGCCAGCCCUUCAAGUUCACCAUCCCAGAGUCACUGGAUCGCAUCAAGGAGGAGUUCCAAUUUCUUCAGGCACAGUACCACAGUCUCAAACUUGAGUGUGAGAAGCUGGCCAGUGAAAAGACGGAGAUGCAGAGACACUAUGUCAUGUACUAUGAGAUGUCUUAUGGCCUCAACAUUGAAAUGCACAAACAGACUGAGAUUGCCAAGAGACUAAACACCAUCUGUGCGCAAGUCAUUCCCUUCCUUUCACAGGAGCAUCAACAGCAGGUGGUCCAAGCUGUGGAGCGGGCCAAACAGGUGACCAUGGCAGAGCUCAAUGCUGUCAUCGGGGUACGUGGACUGCCAGGGCUUCCACCUACACAGCAGCAUCUGUCCCAUAAUCAUGGUGGCAUCCCAGUGCCCCUCACUCCUCACCCAGCUGGCCUCCACCCCUCUCAGCUGGGUGGAUCAGCAGGUCUCCUGGCUCUAUCAGGAGCACUUGGUGCCGUUCCUCCUCAUCUAGUGGGAAAAGAUGGUGGUGAUAAAAAGCCCCACCUACCAGACUCACACUCUGCAGGACCUGAACACCUGAGAGAGCGAGAGCCAAGCACAAGUAACUCAUUGCUGCCAGAAAGUCUUCGAAACUCAGAUAAACGACGCAACGGGCCCGAGUUUCCAAAUGACACCAAGAAACGCAAGGUGGAUGACAAGGACUCUAGCCAUUAUGAUAGUGACGGGGAGAAGAGUGAUGAUAAUUUAGUGGUGGAUGUCUCAAAUGAGGAUCCAGCCUCUCCCCAUGGCACUCCUCUCCCCUCCCCAAGAGAAAAUGGCCUGGAUAAACCACGUCUUCCCAAAAAGGACCCGUGCAGUCCAGCGUCUACUGCAUCAUCAGCUAGCUCCUCCUCCCUCAAGUCCAAAGAGAUGGCAAUGCGAGAUAAGGCAGGUACACCUGGGCUGAAGUCAAGCACACCCACACCUAGAGGUGACUCCACUCCCGGUCCAAGCUCCACACCUGGAAUCCGGCCCAGUCUAUCAAAACCCCCCUCCAUGGAGAUACCACAUCUACCCACUGCAGGUUUGCGGACCCCACUGGCUGUACCAGGCCCAUACCCAGGUGCAUUUGGUAUGUUGCCCCAUGCGGCAGGGAUGAAUGGAGAGCUGGCAGGUGCAGCCGGGGCUGCGGCCUACGCAGCUGGACUUCACAACAUGUCACCUCAGAUGAGUGCUGCUGCUGCAGCGGCUGUGGCUGCAUAUGGUCGUUCACCCAUGGUUGGUUUUGAUCCACAUCCUCACAUGCGAGUCCCUGGAAUGCCUCCGAGUCUAACAGGGAUCCCUGGCGGGAAACCUGCCUACUCUUUCCAUGUGGCCGCCGACGGACAGAUGCAGCCAGUGCCAUUCCCCCCAGAUGCUUUGGUGGGCCCAGGGAUCCCUCGCCAUGCCCGUCAGAUCAAUACUCUCAACCAUGGAGAGGUGGUGUGUGCUGUUACCAUCAGUAACCCCACCCGACAUGUUUACACAGGAGGGAAAGGUUGUGUCAAGGUCUGGGACAUUAGUCACCCAGGAAACAAGAGCCCUGUGUCGCAGCUCGACUGUCUGAACCGGGACAACUACAUCCGCUCCUGUCGUCUCCUCCCUGAUGGACGGACAUUGAUAGUGGGAGGUGAGGCGAGCACGUUGUCAAUCUGGGAUUUGGCCACACCCACUCCCAGGAUUAAGGCAGAGUUAACAUCAUCAGCCCCAGCAUGUUAUGCGCUGGCAAUCAGCCCAGACUCCAAAGUCUGCUUCUCUUGCUGCAGUGAUGGAAACAUAGCAGUCUGGGAUUUACACAACCAGACACUUGUUAGGCAGUUCCAGGGCCACACAGAUGGAGCCAGCUGUAUUGAUAUCUCCAAUGAUGGCACCAAGCUGUGGACUGGAGGCCUCGAUAACACUGUCCGCUCCUGGGAUCUGAGAGAGGGCCGGCAGCUGCAGCAACAUGACUUUACAUCACAGAUCUUCUCUCUUGGCUACUGUCCGACAGGAGAGUGGCUCGCUGUGGGAAUGGAGAGCAGCAACGUUGAGGUCCUUCAUGUCACCAAGCCUGACAAAUACCAGCUUCAUCUACAUGAGAGCUGUGUACUCUCCCUGCAGUUUGCCUACUGUGGUAAAUGGUUUGUAAGCACGGGAAAGGAUAACUUGCUGAAUGCAUGGAGAACACCCUAUGGAGCCAGCAUAUUCCAGUCUAAAGAAUCAUCGUCUGUGCUAAGCUGUGACAUAUCUGUGGAUGACAAGUACAUUGUUACUGGUUCAGGAGACAAGAAGGCCACUGUUUAUGAGGUCAUCUACUAAAAAUAUGAAUUAAAAACAAGGACAUUUGUUGUUUCCCAUACAGCCUAUAUGUUACUAGACAUUUUCACAUGGAGCCAGAAAUCUCAGACAUGAGUGCCUUUUAUGGUACGUUCUUUUUGUUUUUUCUUGUCACCUGCCAAGGAGAAAAUGGAAGAAGAGAAACAUUUACAUGCACAUAUCUAUUGUGCUUGUAUAAAUGAUUCCAUAUAAUCUGGGAGUUAACUGGAGCAGCUGGAUGUUAAUGGUAGGAGAGGAACUAUUGGGUGUCUUUGUCUCUGCUGCUUCCUUCUAUGGACUGCGCUAGCAUCAGUUACAGGGACUAGACAGUGACUGAACCACAGGUGGCUCUGCAUUGCUUUUACUGAGACUAGCUUUUCUGGAAAACACUGUGCUGAACAUCAGAUAUAAAGACCUGGUUCAGUGGUUACGACCAGGGGUUGAGGCCCUGCUUCUUUGUAAACGUGGCAGACGGAAAAGAGUGACAGGUGGAUAGAAGUGGGCCUACCUUUGGUGAGGCAGAGGAGAAGCAGCAGCAAAAGCAGAUGAACAGAUGGAUGAAUAUUUUAUGAUGAAUGCAGAACGGGUUAGUUUGUUUUAUUGUAGACAAUGCUCACAGCCUGUUAUUCUCUCAGCUUGAACCUUUUGACCUUUGAACCUCAGCUUACUGUUCCGGUACGCCCACGCUGUCCGAAAUGCAUCUUUUUUUGUCUUAACAGUAAAUCUUGUCUUCCCUAACUGCAUUUUAGUGGUAGCUGUCCACCUACACACAUGGUAAACACACAGUACAUCACUUUUGUGAUUGGUUAAUUUGAUCCUCAUGAGGCAAAGAAAUUUUUCUUAAUUUCACCAAAAAGACCUUGAAAUGCUUUGCGCGAUGGAGAAAAAGUAUCUUACCAAACCAAGACCAAAUAAGCUCCCACAAGAGGUGAACAUACUUAAACUGUUAGAGAAGGCUGGAUGUUUUGAAAAAGGCAGCUUGUUUUCUUCUUUUUUCUCCAUUAUUUGUUAUGGUCCUCUUUGAAAGACAAAUUGGUGGAAACCUGAAGGGAAAACAAAGAUGUAAUUAAUCUGAAAUUCCACUGAUUCUCCUCUAGUGUACCUGUUUCAACAGAUUAUUUCUCAGCUCUUUUUCAUCAGGCUUCCAGGAUAUUGAUAGAAAUGUUGAGUUAAAGCUGUAUUCCAAAAUAAGGAGGGAAAAGUGAGACAGCAAAGUGAGUCUUUGCAUUAUAAUUUUUCUUAAUGUCCUUUCCCUUUAAAACCUGUAAUUAAGCAGCAGUGUAUGUCAUCAGCUGCACAUGUUGCUCAGGUUCCUGUUAGCAGAGUAAACCCGACCUUUACUCACAGUCACACUAUUACUGAGUUCAAGUGAAAACAUUUCUGGGACUUGGUACUUAUAGCUGGAUAUGGCUUCAGAUUUAUGAAUAGACUUUUCAAUAUGGUCUGAGGUCCAGACAUAGCCCUGCUGUUAAUUUAAUGCAGAUCAUUUGCUUGUGGUCUCUUUUACAAUAACUUCAUUGGUUGACAUCAUAAUGAUUAAAGUCAAUGGUCUCAAAUAAAUUAAUGUACUGUUGUAAAAACACAAUGUAUGGAAGGUUAAUCAUGCUUCGUAAAUGCGGACCAACACACAUUGUCUUAAUGUGAUUUAAUCUUCUAUUUACUGAGAAUCCUUUGUGAACAAGUAAAAAAAAAAGCCUCUUUACCAUAUUCACUAAACAAAUGAUGAUUUUUUUUUUUUGCCUUCUGUUGUCACUUGUUUAAACUUCUGUUCCUGAAACUGGAACCGAAGCUGAAUGGCUUUGAAAAAUAAAAUGUGGUCAUGUUUCUACACCUCACAAGGAAGAUUUUAAGACUAACAGCAUGAUUAAAUUGUUGUCAAGAUAAUCUUAGAGAGGAAGGCAAUUUCAGUCACAUUUCACCUUCAGGCAGUAGUCAGUCAAUUUCAGACAUUUUAGGUUAAUUAUUGUCAUGACUGUGGUAUUUUUUUAAAUCUGUUUUGUCUGUUAAUGUUUGUAAAAAUGUAUAUAUGUUUUUUUUUCUUCUUACAGGACAUGCUUUAGAAGUAAACUGUUUUGUAUGUCUUUUACAUGGAAAAGAAAGGUCUAAUCAACUACUAAAUCAACUUGCUAGCUAAUCUAAAAUGUUUGAAAUGUCUAGACAAUAAAUGUGUUUUUGUAACCGGAGUGUUUUACUGUCUGGGCUGGUACAAGAACACCUCAGAACCAUGACAAUCUUUUGAAUCCAUUAUAGAGUGCUGUGAUAGAAGUGCCACGUUUUGAGAGUCAG